AUGUUGGUGCAGGCGUGGGUUGGCGGUUUCCUGGCCAGCUCCUCCCUGCUCCCUCCUCCUCAUCAGGAUGAUUCCAACCACCUGUGCUCAACUCCACCGGAUUACCCCUCACCGUGCUUCCUCCACACUGCCUCAGCCGACACCUCCAAGUUCCCCCGGGAAAUCCCGCCGCCUUUAGUUCCCUUUGUUAUUUAUUCAGGAAGUGAAACCCUCCUCAACAGGAUCUACACUGAGCUCUACAUCACAGAGGGACAGAGUGAAGAGGUUAAUACCCAACAUGAGGUGAGGCAGCUGGAGACAGCUUCCAAGAUGGAGACCCUCCAUCACACUCUCAUCAAGUGCCACAACAUCUUUAAAGCCUUACCUGACCAACAGAGACGCAUCAGAGUCGUUCUGACGAACGGUGUCGCUGGAGUUGGAAAAACCCUCUCAGUGCAGAAGUUCACUCUGGACUGGGCAGAGGGCUCUGAAAACCAAAACGUCAGUCUGCUGGUUCUGCUUUCGUUCAGGGAGCUGAACCUGAUCAAAGAUGAGCAGUACAGUCUUCUCACGCUGCUCCACGUUUUCCAUCCAACAUUAAAGAAGGUCACAGCAGAGAAGCUCGCUGUCUGUAAAGUGUUGUUCAUCUUUGACGGCCUGGAUGAAAGCAGACGUUCACUGGAUUUCAGCAACAGGGAGGUCGUGUCUGAUGUCUCACAGAAGUCAUCUGUCAACGUGCUGCUGACAAACCUCAUCCAGGGGAAUCUGCUUCCCUCUGCUCUGGUCUGGAUAACCUCCCGACCUGCAGCAGCCAAUCAGAUCCCUCCUGAAUGUGUUGACAGGGUAACAGAAGUACGAGGCUUCACUGACGCCCAGAAGGAGGAGUACUUCAGGAGGAGAUCCAGUGAUGAAGAGCUGUCCAGAAGAAUCAUCUCACACAUCAAGACAUCCAGGAGCCUCCACAUCAUGUGUCAGAUCCCAGUCUUCUGCUGGAUCUCUGCUACAGUUCUGGAGCACAUGUUGACCACAGAGCAGAGAGGAGAGCUGCCCAAGACCCUGACUGACCUGUACUCACACUUCCUGCUGGUUCAGACAAAGAAGAAGAAGCACAAGUAUGAUGAGGGACAUGAGACGAAUCCACAGGAGCUGAUGAAGGCUGACAGGGAACUUCUUCUGAAGCUGGGGAGGCUGGCGUUUGAACAUCUGGAGAAAGGAAACAUCAUGUUCUACCAAGAAGACCUGGAGCAGUGUGGUCUUGAUGUCACAGAGGCCUCGGUUUACUCAGGAGUUUGUACAGAGAUCUUUAAAAGAGAGAGUGUGAUCUUCCAGAAAACAGUCUACUGCUUUGUUCAUCUGAGCAUUCAGGAGUUUCUGGCUGCAGUCUACAUGUUCCACUGUUACACAGAGAGGAAGACAAGUGAGCUGAGGACUUUCCUGGGACAAGACUACAAACAUUGGGACUCAAAGCCAGAGUCUUUUAUCAGGAAGAUUUUUGGAAAUAACAACAGCAGCUACCCAUCACCCGAUGUCCUCCUGAGGGUUUGCAUGGAGAAAUCCCUCCAAAGUAAAAAUGGCCACCUGGACCUGUUUGUUUGCUUCCUUCAUGGCCUGUCUCUGGAGUCCAACCAGAGACUCUUAGGAGGCCUUCUGGGUCAGACAGAGAACAGACCAGAAAUCAUCCAGAGGGCCAUCAACAACCUGAAGGAGAUGAACAGAGAUGAUAUCUCUCCUGACAGAAGCAUCAACAUCUUCCACUGUCUGAUGGAGAUGAACGACCCCUCAGUACAUCAG